AUGGCGAAGACGUGGACGCCGUUCGAGCGCGCGCGCGUCAUGCGCGCGGGACGCGCGAAACACGUCGCGGGGAGCGAGGCGUACGGAAGGGGGGAUUACGGCGAAGCGAUUGCGUGCUUCACGCGCGCGCUGGAGAUCGACGCGCGGAAUCAGUUUGCGCUGUGUAAUCGAGCGCUGGCGCGGUUGCGACGGGGUGAGGACGGCGACGCGGCGCGAGCGCUGGAAGACGCGAGGGCGUGCGUGAGGAACGCGCCGACGUGGCAUAAGGCGUGGUUUCGGUUGGGGCAAGCGCGCGCGGCGAGCGGGGCGGAGGUGGAGGCGCUGAGCGCGUACGCCGAGGCGAUUCGAUGCGACGAGUGCGGACAAGAUCGGGAUGAGUGCGAAGCCGUGAUGAAGAAAUUGCGCGCGCGCGUGGAACUGGACGAGCGGAAGGCUGCGGAAGCGGCUGAGGCUGAGGCGCGGCGCGCGGUCGAGGUCGCGGAGGAAGACGACGAGAUUGAACGCCGCCGCGCGAGACGCGAGGCGAAAUUGGAAGCGAAACGCGCGAGACACAAAGUCGCGGAAGAAAGGCUGAGCAAACAACUGGGAUAUCCCGAAGGUAUGAACGCGGUGGAUGUGAACGCGUACGCGGAUGAGUCUGAUGAUAGCGACGAUAGCGCGCUGGAGACGUAUGACGCGUGCGGGCGGGCGAUGUUCAUCGAGCGGAAAAUUACAGACUUUGUCAGCAUCGCGAGGCGCCUUCGAACGAGCGUGGGCGCGACGAAAACGAUGGACAUGAUGUGCGAGUUGCGUCGGUACGGAUGCUGCCAGAUUUCGCUCGGGGCCGCGGUCGGGGCGACGGCGAAAUUUAAAGUCGCCGCCGACGCGGCGGAUCGAUGCGCGCUGCCGUACGUCGUCAUCCCGGCGUGGCGGGAAGCGUCGACGCCGUGGCCGAUGUCGCUCGCGCAGUCGCACCAAGACGUUCAGGAUGUGAUGUGGCUCAUGGAAACAGUCGCUCGCGUGACCACGGGAGCGAUAUAUGAAGACGCAGGAAAAUCUGAAGCCGAGCUCGACCGCGCGCUCGAUUCGCCUCUCAGCGCGGGCGUUCUCGAAAGCGCGCCGUCCAUCGACGAAGUUUCUCUUUCGGCGCUCGUCUUCGCGAAUGACGAAUCAUUUCUUCGCGCUUACGCUGAGAAGAACUCGGCGCUCGUGCGCUUGGAUUGGCUCGAGGCGUACGAAGAGGAAGACGCCGAGGCGGAUGGAGAUUCGACGCUCGUGGAGCUCUUCGUGGGCGCCGAGUUGACGCGCCGACUCGAUGACGAAUUUAUCACCGUGGACGAGCUCGACCCACGCGAUCGCGACGGGCACGGACCCGAUGGCACGAGUUUCGCGUGUCCUAGGGCAAAGCGUCCCGCCGAUCGCACGCGCGUUUCAUUUUUUCUUUGCCCGAAGAAUUCGAAUAGCCAUUUUUAG